GAAUCAUACGUGUCAUGAAGCAGCAUAGGCGAGUAGACAAGGGGAAGGUGAGGUUAUCAAAAUGCAGCUUCUCCUUUGGAAGAGUCUGAUGGCGGUGCUGAAGAAGUUUGUUUGUUCAACACCAAACCCAAACCUUACUUAGAUUUCAUUCUUUCUUUCUUCACACAUUCAUAUAAUCAUCUCUCUCUCACUUUCUGUGAGGAACUGACAAUUUGUCACCAACUUUAACUUUACUACUUACUUGCCCAAUUAACUAUUUCAUCGUCAUAUGCCAAAAAGCUUCCCACUUUAAAGUUAACCAUAAAGAAUAACUCUCUGUGAAAGAAAAAAAGCAGCAACCAAAUUGAUCUUCGGUCUGGGCUGCAAUUGAAAUGCUGAAGCUCUACGAGGCUUAUAAGUGAACCCUUGGUCGUUCAUGACAUACAGGCAAUUCAGAAUUUGUCGCUACUUGCUAAGCAUUUAGUUUAGCACUACCCUUCUGCUUCUGCCACAACAUAAAAAGAUGGCAGCUCUGGUCAACGCUGCAACAAGUGAGAAACUGGCUGAAACUGAUUGGAUGAAAAAUAUUGAAAUCUGUGAAUUAGUAGCUCAUGAUCAAAGGCAAGCUAGAGAUGUUAUUAAAGCUAUAAAAAAGAGGCUGGGUAACAAGAAUCCUAACAUUCAACUUUAUGCAGUUGUGUUGCUGGAAAUGUUGAUGAACAAUAUUGGAGAUCUUGUUCACCAGCUGGUGAUUGAUACAGGAAUUAUUCCUAUUCUUGUGAAAAUUGUGAAGAAAAAAUCAGAUUUGCCUGUAAGGGAGCGGAUAUUUCUCCUACUAGAUGCCACACAAACAUCCCUAGGUGGCGCUUCUGGAAAGUUUCCACAAUAUUAUAAUGCAUAUUAUGAUUUGGUGAGUGCUGGAGUGCAGUUUCCUCAAAGGGAUCAAGUGACUCAACCAAGUCGUCCUCAUUCACAACUUAAUGGGAUUAACUAUGUACAAAACAGGGAGCAGGCCCCGCCUAGACAUCAGCAAGCAGAAUCCCAAACUGUUCCUGAAUCUAGCAUUAUUCAAAAGGCUAGUAAUGCAUUAGAAGUUUUAAAAGAAGUCCUUGAUGCUAUUAAUGCCCAGCAUCCUCAGGCUGCAAGAGAUGAAUUCACCCUUGACCUUGUUGAACAAUGUUCAUUUCAGAAGCAAAGGGUAAUGCAUCUUGUGAUGGCUUCUCGAGAUGAGAGUAUAGUUUCUCGAGCAAUAGAAUUAAACGAGCAACUUCAGAAAGUUCUUGCAAGACAUGAUAGCCUUCUUUCGGGCAGACCCACAACAAUAGCUAAUCAUUUGGAGUGUGAAGAAGCAGAGGAGGAAGAAGAACCAGAACAGUUAUUCCGGCGAUUAAGCAAAGGAAAGGCUUGUGCAAGGCCUGAAGAUGAAGAAAGAGAAUCUGAGUUUCCUCACUUGGGUUUGCUUGAAGAGAGACUCAACUGGCCGUUAAUAAGACCGAUAUCUUUGGAGCCAUCUCGAGAAGCUAAUACUUAUCCUGCGCCUGCUGUGAUGCCUCCUCACAUGGCAAUUCCACCACCGCCUUCAAAGCACAUUGAGAGGGAGAGAUAUUUUCAAGAAAAUAAAAAGGAUGGUGCUACUUUAGCUGGCCACUUGAGAGGCCUCUCCUUACAUAGUCACAAUGGCAGCAGCUCUCACAGUGGAAGCUUUGAUUUUAGUGAUUGAUCUCUUAACUUAAAGAACCUCUUUUUUUAACCUUUGAAGUUGAUAGUGUGUGUGUGUGGGGGGGGGGGGGGGGGGGGGGUAUGAGAUCAUGUGCUAUGAGACCCGAGGUUUGUAAGUUCCAUGUCCUAGUGUGAUAAUGCUUUUACUUUCUAAUUUUACAAGCUGGUUGUUUCGUGGAAUCACUCCUGACUUUACUUUCAAAAAUGAUCGGUGGAAGAAUAAAGAUUUAUGCACAUCUCUUGUAGACAUCAUCAAGAUAUAUGUAAUGUGGGCAGAAAAGAGAGAUGUACAUAA